CAUCUGUGGCUGCGACACGUAUUUUGGUUUAGAGAAAUAGCCCCUACAGAUAAAAUAAAUAACUCAUCCUGUCGAAAAUAAUUGGUAAAGGGUGUGAUGUUCUGUAAAAUCUUUUCAACUUUGUCUAAAUGUGAUGAACAAGUUACGGAGAUGGACUUCACGGAGUGCUACGGAGACACGGUGUCCAGUGUGGCUGCUGCUGCCCGUUCAGGCUGUAGGAUCCGGGUGAAGAGGCUGAUCCAGGGGGGCUGCAGCGUGGACUGUCGGGACAACCGCGGCUGGAACGCGCUGCACGAGGCGGCGGCAGCUGGCAGUAAAGAGUGCGUGCAGGAAAUAUUAUCUGCUGUUGGUGGCAGCUCCUCCAGAGGUCGUCGUGCGUAUGUGAACUCUUUGACUCAUGAGGGGGAGUCUGCGUGUUACCUGGCAGCACAGCGGGGUCACCUGGCAGUGGUCCGACUCCUCCUGAAAGCACAUGCCAACAUCAACCAGCUCACUAAUGACUUAUCCUGUCCUUUAUAUGCAGCUGUAGAUAACGGCCACAAGGAUGUGGUUAAACUGCUGGUCAGUAAAGGUGCAGAGGUUAACAGAACACACACAGCGUCCUGCUGGACCUGCCUCCAUCAAGCUGUUUACAAGGGUCACAGUGAGAUUGUGAGGAUUCUUGUGAAUGUUUGCAACCUGGAGGCUGUAGACGACCACAUGAUCUCUCCUCUGUUUGUGGCUGCUCAGUACGGACAGAAGAAGUGCCUGCAGAUACUUAUUAAUGCUGGUGCCAACGUGAACACCCAGGCGGCUGACCUGGCAACCCCUCUGCUGAUCGCCUCCCAGGAGGGCCACCAGGCUUGUGUGGAGCUUCUGUUGGAGCAUGGGGCCGAUCCCAACAAGGCCUGCAGUCAUGAGUGGCCCCAACUUCCCAUUCAUGCUGCUGCGGAGUUUGGCCAUAUUAGCGUCCUCAGGAGGCUGAUAGAAGUGACGGAUCGAAGAUGUGACUGCAGCGAUGGAUCGGUGAGUCCGCUGUACGUGGCCGUCCACAACCAUCAGAGUAUGGAGUUGCUCUUGAAGGAAGGUUACAGCCCAGAUGCUCAGGACUGCUCAGAGACCCUGGGCCUCCGUUCACCGCUGUCCUUGGCCUUGUGUCACACAUCAGACAAACCAUGCAGUGACUCAGUGAAGCUGCUGCUCGCUGCUGGUGCAGCUCUGAGCGAGAAGGACUGGGUUUAUGCUUUGGCCACCGACAGAACAGACCUGCUGGAACUGAUACUGGAGUACAGAUGGAUCCCUCGGCUGGAGACCGGGACUAUGGACUGUUCUAACCACCGUGGGAGGGUGGUGCUGAAGCUGCAGGAACUGAGGGGAAUGCUCUGCGUGGCCCAAAGCCAAGUGCGUUUUGCUCACUGUUGGCUUCCUGUGCUUCUGAGGGCAGGACUGGAACCUUCUUUACUGCUUCAGCCUCACCUGCUGGAACAGGCAGACAGCGAGGUGGUUAAUUACCUACUAGAGUUUGUUAACUGGUCCACUCUGUCUCCUCCUUUGAAACGUGUUCUGGAUCAGAGGCGAGCAGAGAAGACCUGGGAACCACACACGCAUUUCGACUUGAUUCCCCGUCUUUCCCACAUCUGUCGGCUUCAGCUUCGACAGAUAUUGGGACCAGAUCUGCUGAUGCGGACCAAUGUAGUCCAACAGCUGCCUGUCCCUGACCCGCUUCAAGGCUUCCUUAAAUUCAGCGACAUCUCAGAGCCUUUGUGCAUUAGCUCACCACCCUCACCAGUUUUAAAUCGCAUCCAGAGACACCAGAGUACACACCAACACAGACACGUUUUAUAACUUAAGCUAGACCACUUUUUCUUUUAUAUAUGUGUGUAAAAUAAAAAAUGAUGUAAAAGCAGAUUAAAGAUUAAAACAAUUCGUAUAGAAACAAUAAAAAUGUUUAAAUGUUAAAAGAUUUUAUACAUUUUUGUUCAGUAUUUAUAAAUGAACAAUUAGGUCAAAAUAAAGCUGGUUAUUCUAAAAGAAACAUUGUUUAUAUUUAUUUUAACAAUCAUUAUU